AUGUCUAGCGCAAACAGCAUCAAGGUGGUGGCUCGAUUCCGCCCCCAGAACAAGGUGGAACUGGAGUCGGGCGGCCAGCCCAUUGUCGCCUUCAAUGGCGAGGAUACCUGUACCCUCGACUCCAAGGAGGCUCAGGGCAGCUUCACUUUCGAUCGAGUCUUCGAUAUGAACUGCAAGCAAUCCGAUAUCUUCGAUUUCUCCAUCCGAUCUACUGUCGACGACAUCCUUAACGGUUACAAUGGAACAGUCUUCGCCUAUGGUCAAACCGGUGCUGGAAAGUCCUAUACCAUGAUGGGCUCCAGCAUCGAUGAUGAGGUUGGCCGAGGUGUCAUCCCCCGCAUUGUCGAGCAGAUCUUCGCCAGCAUCAUGUCUAGUCCUAGCACUAUCGAGUACACGGUGCGAGUCAGUUAUAUGGAAAUUUACAUGGAGAGAAUCCGUGACUUGCUCGCACCCCAGAACGACAAUCUUCCCGUCCACGAAGAGAAGAACCGCGGUGUCUACGUUAAGGGACUCUUGGAGGUCUACGUCUCGAGCGUUCAAGAGGUCUUCGAAGUCAUGAGAAGAGGUGGAAAUGCCCGUGCCGUCGCUGCUACCAAUAUGAACCAAGAAUCUUCCCGUUCACAUUCCAUUUUCGUCAUCACUAUCACGCAGAAGAACGUUGAGACCGGUUCGGCCAAGAGCGGUCAGCUUUUCUUGGUCGAUUUGGCCGGUAGUGAAAAGGUCGGCAAGACAGGUGCCAGUGGUCAGACGCUGGAGGAAGCCAAGAAGAUCAACAAGAGUUUGAGUGCUCUCGGAAUGGUCAUCAACGCCUUGACUGACGGCAGAUCAUCCCAUGUCCCCUACCGAGACUCCAAGUUGACUCGUAUCCUGCAAGAGUCCCUGGGAGGUAACAGUCGGACAACCCUCAUCAUCAACUGUUCUCCCAGUAGUUACAACGAUGCCGAGACUCUCAGCACCCUGCGAUUUGGUACGCGUGCAAAGGCAAUCAAGAACAAGGCCAAGGUCAAUGCAGAACUUAGUCCCGCCGAGCUUAAAGCUUUGCUUGGAAAGGCGAGAGGCCAAAUCUCAACCUUCGAAGGCUACAUUACGAAUCUUGAAGGAGAAAUUCAGCUCUGGCGUUCCGGAGAGGCUGUGCCGAAAGAUAAGUGGGUGCCGCCCAUGUCCGCAGAUGGCGUUGCGGGAGCCAAGGCCGAAGCUAAAGCCCCCCGCCCGUCAACGCCCUCCCGCCUACUUCCCGACAGCAGGGCCGAGACACCAGCCAUCUCAGAGCGGUCCGGAACACCAAGCCUGCCUCUCGACAAGGACGAGCGAGACGAGUUUCUGCGCCGCGAGAACGAGCUCCAGGACCAGCUUGCGGAGAAGGAAUCUCAGUAUAACACGACUGAGAAGGCGCUCCGAGAGACCAAGGAGGAACUUACCUAUCUCAAGGAGCAUGAUAGCAAGACUGGCAAGGAGAAUGAGAAGCUCCAUGCUGAGGUCAACGAGGUCAAGAUGCAGCUUGAACGGCUGAACUUUGAGGGCAAGGAGGCUCAGAUUACGAUGGAUGCCCUCAAGGAACAGAACGCUGAGUUGACGACUGAGCUUGAUGAGGUCAAGCAGCAGCUUCUUGAUGUUAAGAUGAGUGCUAAAGAGACGAGCGCGGUUCUCGACGAGAAGGAGAAGAAGAAGGCUGAGAAGAUGGCUAAGAUGAUGGCUGGCUUCGAUCUUGGCGCCGAUGUAUUCAGCGACAACGAAAAGGCUAUUGCAGAGGCUAUUGCUCAGCUGGAAGCUCUGCAUGAAGUCAGCUCCACCGGCGAAGUCGUCAAUCCCGAUGAGCUUAAGUCGCUGAAGUCCCGGUUCGUCGAAAUACAAGGAAUCAUCCGACAAGCGGAGUUGUCCGUGUACAGCGCUUCUUCGAGCGAGACGGACGCUCGCCGCCGUGCCGAGUUGGAGGACCGCCUCCAAUCUCUUCAGCAGGAGUAUGAAGAGCUGCUUACUCGUAACCUUGGAGAGACCGACGUUGAGGAAAUUAAGUCUCGCCUGGAAAGUGCCUAUGCCGAUAAGCAGACCACGUCCCUGCAGCUCGUUGAUGAGCUUAAGGCUGAAAUCGCCCAGAAGGCGGCCGAGAACUCCAAGAUGAAGGCCCUUAUCGAAGAUCUCCAGCAGAGAGUCAAGGCAGGCACUGCUGCCCCCAUGGCCAACGGCAAGUCCAUCCAGCAACAGAUUGCUGAGUUCGAUAUCAUGAAGAAGAGCCUCAUGCGCGACCUUCAAAACCGCUGCGAGCGCGUGGUUGAGCUCGAGAUCUCGCUCGACGAGACGAGAGAGCAGUACAACAAUGUGCUCCGGUCAUCCAACAACCGGGCCCAGCAGAAGAAGAUGGCCUUCCUCGAGAGGAACCUUGAGCAGCUUACUCAGGUUCAGCGCCAGCUUGUCGAGCAGAACUCGGCCCUCAAAAAGGAGGUCGCUAUUGCCGAGCGCAAGCUCAUCGCUCGUAACGAGCGCAUUCAGAGCCUCGAAAGCCUGCUACAGGAUAGCCAGGAGAAGAUGGCUUCCGCCAACCACAAAUUCGAAGUACAGCUCGCCGCCGUCAAAGAACGGCUGGAGGCUGCCAAGGCUGGCAGUACUCGUGGCCUGAACUCACCUCCGCUCGGUGGAUUCAGCUUCUCAGGAGGAGGCAGCCGCAUCGCGAAGCCUCUCCGUGGCGGUGGUGGUGACAACCAAGGACCAUCAAUCCCCGUCAUUUCCAGUAUCCAGCAGAAUGAGGGCGGCUCCGGAAAGCGUAGCAGCUGGUUCUUCUCCCAGAAGUCUUAA